AUGGCGAUCCCAAACAAGGGUGAGGUCCAAGCGGCCAUCAACACCUAUAUUGCCAGCUUGGAACAGCCUCUGCGUGCACUCAACAAAAAGAUAGUGGAAAAUCCUGAAUUGGCAUACAAGGAAUACAUUGCCCAUGACAGUAUCUGCGACUUUCUCGACUCUUUGGGCAUACCCACUACUCGGCAUGUUUACGGUCUCUCCACUGCGUUUGAGGCCACGGCCAAGGCUGGCAACGCCCAUGGUCGAUGUGUGAACUUUAAUGCGGAAUAUGACGCUCUCCCGGGCCUUGGACAUGCCUGUGGGCAUAAUCUUAUUGCGACAGCUAGUGUCACCGGAUUCAUCGCUCUGGCAUAUGCAAUCGGCAAAUUUGGUCUUCCUGGCCAAGCCCAGCUCCUAGGCACACCAGCUGAAGAAGAUGGCGGUGGUAAAGUCGAUUUGAUUCGGGCUGGGGCAUACGAAAAUGUGGAUGCUUCUUUGAUGGUGCACCCCUUAUCGGAGGAGGAAUUUACCAAGGACAAAGUUAUCGGCAUCGCAGGCCGAUCUUCCAUUUCCUGCUACGAUGUUGUGGCCACUUAUCGGGGCGUCAGCGCCCACGCGGCUGCUAAUCCUUGGGAAGGUAGAAAUGCCCUCGACGCGCUGGUCAUGGCGUAUAAUGGUAUCUCGAUGCUACGCCAGCAGAUUGAGACAGAUGAGCGAAUUCAUGGAUCCAUCAUACAGGCGCCCACAGCAACCAACGCGAUUCCGGAGCUUACGUGCACCAAAUAUACGAUCCGCAGUCGAACGAUCGAUAGGGCACGAGUACUCGGAGGCCGCGUGAGAAAAUGCCUGGAAGCAGGUGCUAUGGCUACUGAGUGUUCUGUGGAAAUUGAAGAAACUCAGAUUUAUGCCGAUUUGGUCGUGAACCCGCCCUUGUGUGAAAGCUUUCAGGAGUACAUGAGCGAUCUAGGAGAAACAAUUCUGUCCCACGAUGAGCUUCUCAUGGCCGGCUCCACAGACCAGGGCAACGUGUCUCAGAUAGUCCCUGCCCUGCACGGCCUCAUUGGGAUCCCGGUUCUCGAUGGAGCUAAGAAUCAUACGCGGCAGUUCACGGCGGCAGCUGCAACGGACGAAGCCCAUCGAAGGAUGAUCGUUGCUGGGAAGGCAAUGGCAAUGACCGGAUGGCGUUUACUAGUCGAUGACGACUUUUACGGCAUGACAAGCCGUGAAUUUGCCGAAACGAAGAAUAGAAGAUAG